AUGGCGACACCGACUGGCUAUUCCAUAAACGUCAACGAUCCCUCGCUCAUCUCGCUCGUGAAUAAGCUUCAGGAUGUAUUCACGACAGUUGGAGUCCAAAACCCCAUAGAUUUACCACAGAUCGUUGUCGUGGGCUCGCAGUCGAGUGGAAAGAGUUCAGUUUUAGAAAAUAUCGUUGGAAGAGACUUUCUCCCUAGAGGUUCUGGCAUUGUCACUCGACGACCACUGGUGCUGCAGUUGAUCAACAGGCCUGCUCUCGUAAAGACACAAGCGAACGGUGUCAAGGAAGAAGAGAAGCAACUCGAAACUACUGAUAAGGAGUCGAAUCUUGACGAAUAUGGCGAAUUCCUACAUAUUCCCGGCCAGAAGUUCUACGACUUCAAUAAAAUUCGAGAGGAAAUCGUGAGAGAGACCGAGGCAAAAACUGGACGGAAUGCUGGCAUCUCUCCUCAGCCGAUCAAUCUACGAAUUUACUCACCAAACGUCUUGACGCUGACCUUGGUUGACUUGCCUGGCCUUACCAAAGUGCCUGUUGGGGACCAGCCGAAGGAUAUCGAGAAACAAAUAAGAGAUAUGGUGUUAAAACAUAUCAGCAAGCCAAAUGCGAUCAUUCUUGCUGUCACAGCCGCUAACCAGGAUCUCGCCAACUCCGACGGUUUAAAAUUGGCUCGUGAAGUCGAUCCGGAAGGCCAACGGACAAUUGGUGUUCUCACCAAAGUUGACCUGAUGGAUGCAGGAACGGAUGUGGUGGACAUCCUUGCUGGCAGAAUUAUUCCGCUCCGACUUGGCUACGUCCCAGUGGUGAACAGAGGUCAGCGUGAUAUCGAAAAUAAGCGGCCAAUAUCAUAUGCUCUGGAGCAUGAAAAGAACUUCUUUGACAACCACAAGGCGUAUCGCAGCAAGUCUUCGUACUGUGGUACUCCGUAUUUGGCGAGAAAGUUGAAUUUGAUUUUGAUGAUGCAUAUCAAACAAACCCUCCCAGAUAUCAAGGCCCGAAUUGCUUCUUCACUACAAAAAUAUACUUCAGAGUUGGGCCAACUCGGAGACUCGAUUCUAGGAAAUAGUGCAAAUAUCGUCCUCAAUAUCAUUACGGAAUUUUCUAACGAGUACCGGACCGUCUUGGAGGGUAAUAACCAGGAGCUCUCGAGCAUCGAGCUAUCCGGUGGUGCUCGUAUCAGCUUUGUUUUCCACGAGCUCUAUUCCAACGGUGUCAAGGCAGUGGAUCCAUUCGACCAAGUAAAGGAUAUUGAUAUUCGCAUCAUCCUUUACAACUCGUCUGGUUCAUCUCCUGCUCUGUUUGUCGGAACUACUGCUUUUGAGCUGAUUGUGAAACAACAAAUCCGAAGACUUGAGGAACCUAGCUUAAAAUGUGUCUCCCUCGUUUAUGACGAACUGGUGCGGAUUUUAGGUCAAUUGUUGAACAAGCAGCCCUUCCGUAGAUAUCCCCAGCUUAAGGAAAAGUUCCAUAACGUUGUGAUAGCUUACUUCAAGAAGGCCAUGGAGCCCACCAACAAGCUUGUGAGAGACCUCGUGUCGAUGGAAUCGUGCUAUGUCAAUACAGGACACCCCGACUUUUUAUCUGGACACAGGGCUAUGGCCAUUGUUCAAGAACGACAAAAUUCGAGCAAGCCCACCCAAGUUGAUCCGAAAACGGGAAAGCCGCUUCCUAUUUCUCAGCAGCCGCCACGCUCUGCAAGCCCGUCCCUUGACAUGUCUGACGGUAAUUCUGGCUUUUUCGGGAGCUUCUUCGCCUCCAAGAACAAGAAGAAGAUGGCCGCGAUGGAACCGCCACCACCAACGCUUAAAGCCUCUGGCGCUCUAUCCGAAAAGGAGAAUGCUGAAGUUGAAGUUAUUAAACUCCUCAUUAGCUCUUACUACAAUAUUGUGAAGCGGACCAUGAUUGAUAUGGUUCCCAAAGCAAUUAUGCUUAACCUUGUGCAGUUUACAAAGGAUGAGAUGCAGCGGGAACUUCUAGGGAACAUGUAUAAGACAGAGGAGCUUGACGAUCUACUACGCGAAAGUGAAUACACCAUCCGACGUCGGAAGGAGUGCCAGCAGAUGGUCGAGAGCUUGUCAAAGGCAAGUGAAAUUGUCAGUCAGGUCCAAUAA